AAACUAGGUCACAUUCUUGGUGACAAAAAUCGUGCCUUAUUUUUUUCUUUCCAUUUGCAUGUGCAUAUAUACAAGUGAGCGUGACGAAACUUCACUAAGUAGUUAUUCUCUCUAUAUAAGUUGCUAUGUCCGGAUACAUUUCAAAUUCAUCAAGCUCUACAAAAAAUCUCCCUGUCACCAACUCGGAAACAUUGUCCAUGGCACUCUCUCGUAGCAUAUCAAUUUCUAACAAUGCUCCUGACACCACUCUCUCUCAUACUGCAACAAUGCCAACCAACCAGAAAUGGAGCAUUUCCCAAGCCCUCACCUUGGUUUCUAAACCCUCAAAACAAGAAAACCUUGAAAUUGAAUACGUUAACUUUCCAGAUGAGCUUCACAUCAAACAUGCACAAAAAGUGAACGAAGUUAGGUAUGCAUUCAGCAAAGUAGGAGAAGAUGCAUUAGAAGAUUUGGUCAUGAUUGAUGCCGUCCAGCGCCUAGGCAUUGACUACCACUUCCGCGAGGAGAUUGAUGCAGUCCUGCAAAGGCAUUAUAAGAAAAUUAAUGCUCAUACUCAAGUUGAUAACUGCAACGAUCUUUAUGAGGAUUCAUUUCGAUUCAGACUGUUGAGACAAGAAGGUUACUAUGUGCCUGCAGAUGUGUUUAACAAAUUCAAGGGCAAGGAUGGGGUGUUCAGAGAAGAACUGAAACAAGACAUCAAGGGAUUGAUGGGGUUAUAUGAAGCGUCGCAGCUAAGAAUAGAAGAAGAUCAAGGUGUACUUGAUGAAGCUGCAAACUUUAGCAGCCAGACUCUUUCUUUAUGGGUAACAAAGCUUGAUCAUCACCAAGGUAGAAUUAUUGGGAGUACAUUGGCGAAUCCCUAUCACAAGAGCUUGGCAAGGUUCAUGGUGAAGAACUUUCUCAAAGAUUUCAAAGGCAUUAAUGGUUGGGAAAAUGUCCUGCAAGAACUAGCUGAGAUGGAUUACAAGGUGGUUCAAUCCAUGCACCAAAAGGAAAUCUUUCAAGUUUGCAAAUGGUGGGAAAACUUAGGUUUGGCAAAGGAGUUGAAGUUUGCCAGAGACCAACCAGUUAAAUGGCACAUGUGGUCCAUGGCCGUCCUCACGGAUUCAAGCUUGUCAGAGGAAAGGAUUGAGCUCACAAAACCCAUAUCUCUUAUUUACAUAAUAGAUGACAUCUUUGAUGUUCAUGGGACGCUCGAUGAACUUACUCUCUUCACAGAAGCUGUCAACAGAUGGGACGUUGCUGCUGUUGAGCAUCUACCAGACUACAUGAAGAUAUGUUUCAAAGCUCUUUAUGACACCACUAACGAAAUUGGCUACAAGAUCUACAAAAAGCAUGGAAGAAACCCCACAGAAUCCCUACGAAAAGCGUGGGCCACUUUGUGCAAUGCAUUUCUUGUAGAAGCAAAUUGGUUUGCUUCUGGACACUCACCCAAGACAGAGGAGUACUUGAAGAAUGGGAUUGUAAGUUCAGGGGUACAUGUGGCUCUAGCCCACAUAUUUUUUCUCUUGGGUCAUGGCUUAACCAACGAAAGCGCAAAUCUUGUAAAUGAUAUUCCAGACCUUAUAUAUUCUGUCGCAACAAUUCUUCGCCUUUGGGAUGACUUGGGAAGUGCCAAGGAUGAAGAUCAAGAUGGGCAUGAUGGAUCAUAUGUGCACUACUAUAUGAAGGAACACGAAGGCUCUUCGGUUGAACUUGCACAGCAACGCGUUCAUGACAUGAUUUCGGAUGCAUGGAAGUGUCUAAACAAGGAGUGCCUCCAUCCGAGUCCGUUUCCAGUAUCUUUCAGAAAUGCUUGUGUAAAUGUUGCAAGGAUGGUUCCUUUGAUGUACGGUUACGAUAACAAUCAUCACCUUCCAGACCUUGAGGAGCAAGUGAAAGAAAUGCUUUAAGGCACUGUUACCUUAUAGAUGUCCUAAGAAAUCACCAAAAUAUCAGUUGUUUUUUUUUUUUUGCUUGCUUUGGCUUUUUUUGGUUUUUUUUUUUUCAAGCUGUGCUAAAGCACUUGUAAUAUAUAACCCUCUAUCCUUAUUUAUGGUCACGCUUGUAAAAUUCAUGUACUAGUUGUAUAAUUUAAAUUCUACUUACUACA